CACAGCAAACGUACAACAAUUAUUAACAUUUCUGGGGCCCUCAUGAGGCUGGGGAGUCAGUCAGUGGUGGAGAGGAGCUCCGGGAGCAGGCUCAACUUUCCCCGGGACACACCACAGCUUCCCCGGCGUCAUGACUCUCUACCACGGCCGUCUGCCGUCUCUCGGAGUGCCGUCCUCGGCUCUCAGCCUCUCCGCCCCCCCGCUCAUCUACUUGUACGGAGGGGACAGCGGAGGGGUCGUGCCUGCUGCCUUGAGCUUCAUGCCGGCCCGCCAGGAGCCUCCGCAGAAGCCGCCCUACAGCUACAUCGCGCUCAUCGCCAUGGCCAUCAAGAGCGCACCGGAGCAGCGCGCAACGCUCAGCGGCAUCUACCAGUUCAUCAUGGACCGGUUCCCCUUUUAUCACGACAACAAGCAGGGCUGGCAGAACUCCAUCCGCCACAACCUCUCCCUGAAUGACUGCUUCAUAAAAGUGCCCAGAGAGAAGGGCCGGCCCGGCAAAGGCAGCUACUGGACGCUGGACACCAAGUGCCUGGAUAUGUUUGAGAACGGCAACUACCGUAGGAGGAAGAGGAAGGCGAAGAGCCAGCAGGACGCUCUGGACUCUAAAGCCGGUGGACACAAGCGCAUUAAGGGCCCGGGACCAUCCAGGGAUCCUCAAACCUCUCUGAAACAUCAGACUGACCCGGGAAUAGCAGCAGUACCGGCGAGACAGGGCGCGGAGAGGAUGGAGACACAACCUGACACAAAAGCGGUUCUUGUUGAGUUAAACCACGCUGAACAGUCCCAAAAUCCCCUCAUACAGAGACCUAAGGUGUCCCCCAACCAAGACACCCUCGCGUCCACCGGGAGAAGGCUUGACACCCCCCAGCCUGAGACUUGUCCAGCUCCGAGGCUCGCUCCGCUGUGGAUGGACGGUGUCCCCGGCGUGUCCCUCCGCCGAGAGCCAGAGGAGAGGAGGUCAGCGUUCAGCGGGAGAGAAAAGGAGAGAGGUCCGCUCUGCGCCGUCAGUUGCGCAGGAAACACAAACUUGGCUGCAUUUGCGCAGGAUAGGCCGAAAGGAAAUGUACCGAGCAGGGAUAAAUCUAAAGGUUUUAGCAUCGAGAGUAUCUUGUCGAAAAGUGAGGAUGAAAUGCGCAGCAGCAUCUUCGGUUUGUCGGCGGAGACAUGCGCAGAGCGCAGGAGUCCCGCGUUCAGUUCGUCUGUGGUCCUCGGUGCCCGACCGCAUCAGUUGUACCAGAUGGGAUUCCCCUUCUGCUCUUACCUGUCACUCACCUACCCCGACAAAGUACUGCAUUUUAAAUGAGUACAAUUAUGAAAUUAGACUUUUAAUGUAUUUUACGCACAGAUGCGUCGAAAUGUAAACUCUGUAAUUAGCUUUGCAUGAUGAGCUACCAUGAUGCAGCUGAUUGUUCUGCUCUUUUCAGGAUCUCUGUCAUCCUCAUCAUAUACAGUGAUGUUCAGACAAUGACAAAGAGCAGCACUGAGGCUUUUAGAUUCAUUUUUACGCAUGCGUAAAUGUCAGUGGUUAUUAUUUGUGGUUAUUUUCGCCAAGUAUUCCCAACCUGUUGCUCCUCAAAGUUUAUGGCUGUGCAAUUUAACGCUUAAUACAACAAAGGGUAAAAGUAUAUACGGAUGUGUCAUUGUCAUGUGAAUAUUUAGGGAAAGCUCAUAUAUACUGCAUUUCUCUCUUCAUUCCUGAGGAUGAGUAAAUAUCCCAUAAUUCAGAGAAGAAUCUUGACUGUCAUGGCUGGGCCUGUGUAGCUUACAGUAUCUUUGAACUCUGGAAAUACCGCACAAUAUGAGAAUAAAGUUUAGUACUCAACCAUGUAAUCAAAUGCUAUUUCACACUCCACUCUGCUCUGAAUUCCAUGUGCAAAAUAAAGUUUAGUUUGG